GAUAUUUAAAUUGUCUCCCUUUAAUCAAAUAGGAAUUCCCACUGAAAACGAAAGUAGCCGGUUGUCAAAACAAGAAAGACAAAGUUAAAAAAAAAACCCAGUUUCUAAGUAUGGCGAACAGUGAAAUAUUUGAUGGUUGUAAGUGUGGUAACGAAGAUAUAAAAGCCGAAUACUGGUGCAGUGACUGCAGUGAACGUGUAUGUAAGACAUGCGCCAGAGUUCAUGAAAGGAUGUUCCCUCCUCACAAAGUAAUACCAAUGAAAGAGAUACAACAAGUCAGUUCUUCACUACUUAAAGUUUCCAGGAACUGUGAGAAUCAUCCUGAUCGAAAGCUUGCACUGUUCUGUUGUCAACAUGACCAAGUGAUCUGCGAUUCAUGUGUACCUGUAUCACAUCAGAAUUGUAAGCCUAUCAUUACAAUUAAAAACGCUGCUAGAGGCGUUAAAGAUGGCACAGCUAUUUCUGACGUAGAGAGAAGAAUGGACAAUCUUAGCAAAGUUAUAGACACCAUGCUAGGUAAAACUGAGAUUGCACUUGACGAUUUGAAGAAAAGUCGAAACAAUAUCAAAAAAAGAGUGUCGGAUAUCAAGCAGAAAGUUAUUGCUCAUUUACAUAAGAUAGAAGCAGAUAUACAUAAAGAAAUUGAUAACAAGUAUAAAUACUGUAAUGACACGGUAUCCAGAAAUAAAAAUAGCGUUACAUCUAGCUCUGACUCGCUGUCUUCAUGGAAAAGAGAUCUUAAAUCACUAAAGCAACACUCAUCUGAAAUCCAUUUAUUUCAGGCAGUAAAGUUUCUAGAUGUGAAAACCCAUCAAAAAGAAUUGGAAAUCAGAAAAAUUCAAGCAGCGACUGUCCCUAUACUAACAUAUCAUCCUUCAGAGUAUGAGUCGAACAUGAAGAAAUUAAUCCCAGACUUGGGUACAAUAAGAGUAGACACUGUCUCAGUACCAAUGCCUGUACUAGAUAUCGACCAACAAGGUCAAUUUCUUGUUAGAGAAAAAAGAAAAUUGUCCUUGACACAUUACUUCAAUACAUCGGCAUUAAGUGCUGCUGAAGUAAGAAUUACUAGGUGUUGUUUUAUUCCUGGAGAACGGUUACUCCUUUGUCAUAAAUCAAAAAGAAAACUGUAUGUUUGUAAACUUGAUGGAUCCAAAUCCAAAGUAAUAAAUUUAGAUUAUGAUGCAAAACGUCUUAACUUGUAUGACAACAACCAUGCUUUAGUAUCUUUAGGUAAUAGAGGUAUCCAACUUAUUGAUGUGAAAAAAAUAAAGCCCCGUGGGAUUAUAGAAGUGGGUGGAAAUUGUAUUGGUAUCACUAGUGUGAAGGAGAAGAUCUGGGUGAACAACCAAGACAACACUCUUGUCAAUAUAGAUAUCAAUGGUAAAGUUCUCAAUACAAUACCAAUUCAAACAACAUUUGAUCCUUAUAAUAUAUGUAGUAACAAAGAUGGUGAUGUCAUCUACUGUACAGACUUCUCUGGUGAUGAAGUCUACGUCGUUACAUCGGAUGGAAAAGAACGUGAGAUAUACAGUGGUCCUGAUCUGAGAGGUGCUCGUGGUGUGGCUGUAGAUGACCGUGGGGAUGUGUAUAUAGCAGGAUUUAUAUCAAGCAACAUACAUAGAUUAUCUAACGGCGGACAUGAUAUCGUCCUGACAGUAGACGACGGUAUCAAUCAACCUACAGAUUUAUCUUACAAUUGUGAAACGAACGAACUGUUAGUUAUAAACUACGAUGGUAAAGUUGUCAGUAUUUAUAAAAUACAAUGAACACUGGCUAAGGACCGCUGGGUGUUUAGAAUUGUUUGAAUUGACGAUUAUCAUUAGACAAUAAAAAAUUUUUUUUUG